CAAGUUUGUGAUGUCUUUCAAACGAAGCUAAGGCAGAGUAGAUUCAAUUACAGUAGAAGACAGGAGUCAUAAUUCCUCACAAGAAUAUAGUUUUUGUUUUUAUGUCAUGCUCCAGCACUGUGAAUUUGACAAAACACCACAUAACCCACUUUGCAAUCAAUUUUGCGUUUGCGAUGGAGGAAAUGUGGGUUUUAAGGAAAUUUCGUUUUCAUGCUAAUAGGAAGGCAUCCGUUCGGUCUAACUAAAUUGUGAAGAAAUCUCAUUCUGAGAAUGUAUUGGAGACCCCUAUUUGUUUUUGUUUACCCAGUAGUCAAUUGAUUUUGUUGAUUCUGGGGUUGUGGGUUUUGAGAAAAUCUUAUUCUCAGGGUGUUUAGGAGAUGCCCAUUUGUUACUUUUGCAUCAUAACCGACACUGCUUCUGAUCACUCUUGAUUUGUGGGUUUCGAUGAAUUCUGAUUCUCAUAGAAUUUAGAGAAGGCCCAUUUGCUCUGUUUGCCCUGUGAUCAAUUUUUUUAUAAUUGGCUUUGGGAUAAAUUUUGAAAAUGGCACACAAAGUUGAUGAUGAGUAUGAUUACUUGUUCAAGGUGGUAUUGAUUGGAGAUUCAGGAGUGGGAAAAUCUAAUCUUUUGUCAAGGUUUAGUCGCAAUGAAUUCUACUUGGAUUCCAAGUCUACCAUUGGUGUAGAAUUUGCAACAAAAACAAUUCAGAUAGAUGAUAAGACAAUUAAGGCACAGAUAUGGGAUACAGCGGGUCAGGAAAGAUAUAGAGCAAUCACAAGUGCUUAUUAUAGAGGUGCUUUGGGAGCCUUGCUGGUUUAUGAUAUUACGAAGAAUUCUAGUUUUGAUAAUGUGAAGCGGUGGCUACGUGAGCUUAGAGAUCACGCCGAUUCAAACAUUGUUAUCUUAAUGGCAGGCAAUAAAUCUGACUUGAAUCAUCUACGAGAUGUGUCAGCAGAUGAUGCACAGAUAUUUGCUGAAAAGGAGGGCCUCUCUUUUAUUGAAACCUCUGCCCUGCAGUCUACAAAUGUUGAGAAAGCCUUUCAAUCAGUUCUUACAGAAAUAUACCAUAUAGUUAGCAAGAAGUCACUUGCAGCAGCAGAGGGGUCCUCCAGUGGGCCUGGUCAAGGGACUGCGAUUAAUUUUGAGGAUACUGGAGUUACUGGAGCGAUUCUUAAAAAGAAAAGCUGUUGCUCUUAAGUGAUGCUGCAUGCAUUAUUUGUUUCCAUCAUUUCCUAACUUCUGACAGGUUAUGUGAAUUAGGUAGGCCAUUGUAAAGUCGAGAUUCUGAUGCGUGUUGUCUGGUUUUCUUAUGUUAAACUAAUAUUUAUUAGCCAAGGUUUUCUGUCUAUUGUGUCUUAGAUUAGUGUUGUUCUUUUUAAGCUCUGGGCAGAGUGGCCUCUUUGCAAGCAGUUUAGAGGGACACCUUGCAUGUCACUGAGACUACACUAAGUGUGCUCAACUAAUUGUCAUGAGCUUAUAGCCAGCCUACAAUUGGUUUAGGUUCAUUUUUUAUCUGACAUUGUGCUUUAAGGUCAUACAUACAUUUAACAGUUAAAUAUAGAGAAUAAAAAUUGUAGUGGUGUACAAAUGUUUAAAGUUA